AUCGCUCCUCGUCGCUGCCGCCCCGAAGCCGCUUUAACGCGAGUUGAGAGAACCGUGCACAUCGCGCCGGAAUUUCUUCGCUGCCAUGAGGCCGCUCGUGCUGGUUGCGCUGCUGGCCGUCGCGGCUUUCGCUCUGGUGGAAGCCGACAGCCUCUGCCGUAUAGCCGGGGGUAAAUGUGUGAAGGGUGACAGCCGGAGAGGGAAGAAGUGCACGCAGAUUUCGGAAGGAGAAUGCAAGGUCGGCACGGUCUGCUGUGAAGGGAAGAAAAGCACCAAACCCACGAAGCAAGCAAAACCUGAAGGCUGUAAAGCCAGCGACAGUUGCACCGAGGCUGGAGGAAAGUGUCGGAAGUCGUGCAAGGGACAGCCGUUGGGGGAGGACUGUCCAGGCAACUGCAAGUGCUGCAAGUCCAAAGGAAGGAAAAGCACCAAACCCACGAAGCAAGCAAAACCUGAAGGCUGUAAGGCCAGCGACAGUUGCACCAAGGCUGGAGGAAAGUGUCGGAAGUCCUGCAAGGGACAGCCGUUGGAGGAGAACUGUCCAGGCAACUGCAAGUGUUGCAAGUCCAAAGGGGAGAAAAGCAUCAAACCCACGAAGCAAGCAAAACCUGAAGGCUGUAAAGCCAGCGACAGUUGCACCAAGGCUGGAGGAAAGUGUCGGAAGUCGUGCAAGGGACAGCCGUUGGAGGAGGACUGUCUAGGCAACUGCAAGUGCUGCAAGUCCAAAGGUAGGAAAAGUACCAAACCCACGAAGCAAGCAAAACUUGAAGGCUGUAAAGCCAGCGACAGUUGCACCAAGGCUGGAGGAAAGUGUCGGAAGUCCUGCAAGGGACAGCUGUUGGAGGAGGACUGCCCAGGCAACUGCAAGUGUUGCAAGUCCAAAGAACCAAAGAUCAAACCGAAAACUGCCAUGAACGAUAGCAAAGUUCAAGAAAAGAGGAAGAGAUGCAAGAACAGGAAGAAGAAAUGCAGAAAACGUGGUGGAAAAUGCGACGAAAAUUGCAAUCCAAAUAGUGUCAUAAAGACAUUUUGCAAAAAAUCGAACCCUUGUGUUUGCUGUGACAAAAAUAAAUGUGCCGCGAAAAAUAAAAAUAAAUGUGAUAAAUUCAAAGGCUCUUGUAAGAAGAAAUGUGGUUCCAAUCAACGUGAGAUAGACGGAGGAUGCAAAGGUAAAACAUGUGUUUGUUGCGCCAAGAAAUGCAGGGAAAAAGAUUCAUGCAAAGAAGCAGGAGGAGAGUGCGUCACCUACAAGAAGAACUGCGAGCAUGGAGUGAUUGCAGGUGGUUGCAAGGGCAAGAAAUGCGCUUGUUGCAAGCCAGCCUCAACGCCUGCACCACCAACAACAGCUCCGUCACCUGCAUCACCAACAGGAGUUUCAACACUUGCACCAACUACAGCGGUCCCAACACCCGCACCACCAACAGUUGCUCCAACACCUGCUCCAUCAACAUCAGCCCCAACACCUGCACCACCAACAGUGGCUCCAACACCUGCACCUACAACAGCUCCAACACCUGCACCAACUACAGCAGCCCCAACACCUGCACCACCAACAGUGGCUCCAACACCUGCACCAACAACAGCUCCAACACCUGCUCCACCAACAGUUGCUCCAACACCUGCUCCAUCAACAUCAGCCCCAACACCUGCACCGCCAACAGUGGCUCCAACACCUGCACCAACAACAGCUCCAACACCUGCUCCACCAACAGUGGCUCCAACACCUGCACCUACAACAGCUCCAACACCUGCUCCACCAACAGUGGCUCCAACACCUGCACCUACAACAGCUCCAACACCUGCUCCACCAACAGUUGCUCCAACACCUGCUCCAUCAACAUUAGCCCCAACACCUGCACCGCAAACAGCGGCUCCAACACCUGCUCCAUCAACAUCAGCCCCAACACCUGCACCGCCAACAGCGGCUCCAACACCUGCACCAACAACAGCUCCAACACCUGCACCGCCAACAGUGGCUCCAACACCUGCUCCAUCAACAUCAGCCCCAACACCUGCACCGCCAACAGCGGCUCCAACACCUGCACCUACAACUGCACCGCCAACAGCGGCUCCAACAACUGCACCGCCAACAGCGGCUCCAACAACUAGACCGCCAACAGCGGCUCCAACAACUGCACCGCCAACAGUGGCUCCAACACCUGCAACAACAACAGCGGCUCCAACAAAUGCACCAUCAACAGCGGCUCCAACACCACCACCAACAAAUGCUCCAACAACCGACGCACCGACGACAGGUGCUCCAACAACAGAUGUCCCAACUACAAAUGCUCCAACUUCUGCAACAACAGCAACACCAGGAAAUGCACCAACCGAUGGACCGACAACAAAUGCUCCAACAAUAGAUACAUCAACAGCAAAUGUACCCACAACGGAUGCUCCAACAACAGAUGCUUCAACAGAUGUACCGACAACGGAUGCUCCAACAACAGAUGCUUCAACAGAUGUACCGACAACGGAUGCUCCAACAACAGAUGCUUCAACAGAUGUACCGACAACGGAUGCUCCAACAACAGAUGCUUCAACAGAUGUACCGACAACGGAUGCUCCAACAACAGAUGCUUCAACAGAUGUACCGACAACGGAUGCUCCAACAACAGAUGCUUCAACAGAUGUACCGACAACGGAUGCUCCAACAACAGAUGCUUCAACAGAUGUACCGACAACGGAUGCUCCAACAACAGAUGCUUCAACAGAUGUACUGACAACGGAUGCUCCAACAACAGAUGCGCCUACAACAAAUGCUCCAACAGAUGCACCGACAACGGAUGCUCCAACAACAAUUACUCCAACAGAUGUACUGACAACGGAUGUUCCAACAACAGGUAUACCUAUAACAGAUGGACCUACAACAAGUGCUCCAACAGGUGUACUGACAACGGAUGCUCCAACAACAGAUGCGCCUAUAACAUUUGGACCUACAAGUGCUCCAACAGGUGUACUGACAACGGAUGCUCCAACAACAGGUGCGCCUAUAACAGGUGGACCUACAACAAGUGCCCCAACGGGGACCCCAACCGAUGUUACAACGGGAACGUCAACCGGUGCUUCGACAAUAUAGAAGAAUAAGCAACGCCCAACCUCCAUUGGUUUUCUUUUAUUAAUUUGCAUUUUUCAACAUUUUGCUGAAAGCGGAAAUUGAUUAUUUGGCAUUUUUGAUUUGGUAAAAUUGUAGCAUGAU